CACCCCUUCCCCUCACAGGAGUUUUAUAGAUAGACGCGAAGAAAGCCCACCCCCGCUUCGCAGCACUCGGAUCAGCAUCAGUAUCCUCCUAUUCAUCUCCUUCCACUCCUGGGACAUCCAAUACGUGACCGGUGGUUCGAGUCCACCGAUUAGCCUAGCCUACCUCCACCGACCCCUCGAUCACAACCUCAACCACUCAUAUAUUAUCCCUCGCCUCCCUCCCUGGUCAUCACAAUGUCCACGAACAGACCGUUCCUGGCGAACUUCCUUGCGGCCUUCCGAGCGCAGUCUACAUACAAAGCCUCCACCGCCGGCACUCAAUCCACAUCAGCCUCGAUAUCCUCUGCCCAGAUCUCCCAGAGUGCGGCUCGAGCAAUCGCCACGAAAGCCAGCAGCAACUCGGAAGCGUCCUCCGCAUCUUCAUCCACAACACACCAUUAUCACCAUCACUCGACCUCCUCAUCUUCACACUCUCGCCCGCACUCCCACCACCGCGGCCCCCUGGCCCCGGGCCAAGGCCAGGAGCAGUCCAGCCCCGCAUCCCCGCCCCCGUCAUCAGCCGCGACUCCACCCCAAGCCGCCGGCGGCGCAUCGUCUCCUCCACCGACCCCGGCCGCCUCGAACCCCAUCCCCAUCACCAACAGCCAUGGCCGUCAACGGCGCGGCAGUGACAGCUCCAGCGGCUCGGGCGGGUUCCGCGACGCGCUCGGUCCCGAGAAAUGGUACAUCGGCGGCCGGACGCCCGGCGGCGAAGAGAGGUUCUAUCGAUUAGGCAUGGUCACCAAGGGAGGGGGUCGCCUUGGAGGAAGCGGCCGGGUGGGGAGUAUCGAUCAGCUAAGUCUUUGAUCACGACUCUCGCUCACAGGGUAUUCUUCCCUCUGUUUUUCUUUUCGGUGACUGGCCUUGGGGCCACCGGGAAUUGCUUGUGCAAACCCUAUUCCGAUU